AAUAUUUCAAAGCUUCAGGCCUGAUUUCCGUUUGCGCUACGCAAGCUACAGCAGGCCCAAGGGUCACCGAGACUCAGCCAAACUGGGACCUCGACACCGGCGACCGCUACCUGCGCUGACGAGCUGACGAGCUGACGAGCUGAUUUCAAACAUCUCACAACAAUGAGGCGGAGCUACGCCGCCGCCGUAACGUCUGAGCCGGCGGGGGCGGGAGCGGCUGCCGCAAACGCCGCGGCGCCGGUUGUGGCUGCAGCAGCAGCGAGCACUGCCGCCGAGCCCGCCGCCGCGGAGCCAACGCACAUGCCGGCACAGCCGGCGCCGCACCCGCAUUGCCACCAGCAGCAGCAGCAGCAGCAGCAGCAGCAGCAGCACCAGCAGGCGGCACCGCAGAAGCUGCAGGUGCUGGGGGCGGGCUUCGGGCGCACCGGCAGUCUGUCGCUGUACGUGGCGCUGAACGCCCUGGGGUACAAGACACACCACAUGGUGGAGGUGGUCAACAACCCGGACCAGGCGCCGUCGUGGUACCGGGCCGGGCGGGAGCACGGCGCGGCGGGCGGCGGCGGGAGCAGCAAGGGCGGGCGCUCCGACCAGCAACAGCAGCAGUCCUCGGCGGCCUACUGGUCUUCUCCGGGCCUGCUGGGUGGCUACACGGCCGCAGUGGACUGGCCGGCGGCGGGCUUCCUGCCCGAGCUGCUGGCGGCACACCCCGACAUCAAGGUGGUGCUGACGUCACGGGACUUUGACGCCUGGUACGACAGCGCCCGCCGCACCAUCUUCGAGAUGUCGCAGGUGGGCAGGCCGCUGCUGGAGCUGCCGCUGCACAUGCGACUGCUGCUGGCCGUGAUCGCACCGCCACUGGCACAGCUGCGUAAGAUGAUGCUCAUGGUAGAGGAGCUGGUGUGGGGGCCGCGCGGCACCUUCCGCGGCCACUUCACCGAUAAGGACUUUGUGCGGCAGGUGUUCGACGAGCACUAUGCCGAGGUGCGGCGCCUGGUGCCGCGUCAGCAGCUGCUGGAGUACGACGUACGGCAGGGCUGGGGCCCGCUGUGCGACUUCAUGGGCCGCCCCGUGCCGAUGGCGGCGGCGGGCAAUGGCGGCGCCGCCGCCGGCAAGGCCGGGGCUGCCGUAAAGCCACCGACCGUCAAGAUGCCCGGGUGGAGGGGGCAUCAGGUCAAGGGCACGGCGGAGAAAGCGGAGCGCGAUCAGAUGCUGCCAGACUCGUCGCCUGCUUCCUCUAGUGGCAGUGCUACCGACGCGGGUGCGGGUAUGGGCGCCGGUGAGGCGGCGGCGGCGGCAGUGGCGGCGGCGGAUGCGGCGGUGGCGCCGCUGCCCUUCCCGCACGUGAACGAUACAGCGGAGUUUUGCGAGCGCAUGGAGGUGGUGCGGCGGCUGGUGCGGAGCAUUAAGGUGGUGCAGCGUGGGGUGGAGGUGGCAGCGGGCGUGGGUCUGGGCGCGUUGGUGGUGCGCAUUGCGGCGGUGCUGUUGGCCAGGCGUGCGCGUCGGUGAACAGCCGUGCAGGAGUAGCCUGGAGUAGUGCUGUGCUGUUGUGCUAUGCCGAGCGGGUGUUCGACACUAGAUCAAGGGCAACAUGCGUUGCGUUAAUGAUUCCCCCGGUACAGCCCAUUUUGACGAGACUUCAAUUGGCAUGUUGGGGUGCCAGGAGGGCAACGCGCGCUAGCCUGGGAGAGCCCCGCUGUCUUGCACACAAGCACCUUUCCCCGCAUUUGCAUUUGGUCUUGCAAUGUAUGUGGCGAUUCGACGCAACGCUGCCAAAACGUCAAUUUCCGAGCGUCGAUGAUUGGACAUGCCAACAUGCGUGCGUUCCGGCCGAACUCGGUGGGUGACGCGCGCAAAGCACAAAAGGACACCCCGCUCUCUAUUGCAGUAGCGUAUGUUUGUUUUCAAACCACCUCGACCCAAUGAAGCGGGACGAAGCUGCUCGAAGCUUGACUGGCGCCCAUUCCGUUCAGCGACU